AUGUGGAUCGACAUAACUGGCAAGGCAUUAAAAUUUCCAACAUCCAUCAAGGACAUCAACAAAUUUGAGCGGAACAAUCCCGACAUUGCAGUUAACGUUCUGUAUGUAACGGGUAAGAGCUUUAAUAUCCUGCGUAGAUCGGCAUUUAACGAACGUGAGAAGCAGGCUAAUUUACUAUUGCUUACCGAUGAGAAGAGGAAUCAUUACGUAACCAUCAAAAAUAUUUCUCGAUUAUUGGGUAGCGAGAUAUCGAAAGACCACGGAAAAAUGAGUUUUUGUCUAAAUUGCUUGCAGGGAUUCCAAACGAUAGAAUCUCGGGAUAACCACUAUGCCUAUUGCAAAGAUAAUGAAUCGGUAAAAAACACGAUGCCAAGGGAAAAAGAAAAAUGGUUAUAUUACCAGGAUGGACAAUGCCAAUUCAAGGUUCCAUUCGUCAUAUACGCAGACUUUGAAAGCCUACUGAUCCCAAUGAAGGAGAAUGUUCGGGAUACCAAGACUAAGACGUUGAAUAAGCAUGUACCAUGCGGGUGGGCCACAUGUUCCACCUUUGCCUAUGGGUCCUUGCCAGAUCCACUGAAAGUAUACAGGGGUGAAAACUAUGUGAAGAAGUUCGUCGAUCAUCUAGAGAAUGAGGUAAAGCGACUCUACAGCACCUAUCUUCAACAGAACAUGUUACCACUAACGGAAGUACUAAAAAAGGAGCACGACUCCGCCACGAGUUGUCACAUCUGCAUGAAACAUUUUGACAACGACGAAUAUAGCCGUGAAGUUCGAGACCACUGUCACUACACGGGGCUAUAUAGGGGUGCAGCGCACGCGAUCUGCAAUCUCAGAUAUAAGAUACCAAGCCACGUGCCUGUGAUCUUCCACAACCUGUCAGGGUACGAUGCCCAAUUAUUCAUCCGAGAAUUGGGGGAGAAAUAUGAUACCCAGGAUAUUGGUUGCAUUGCUGAAAACACGAAGAAGUAUAUCUCCUUCAACGCAAAAAUCAAAGUACCCAUUGCAAUGGGUAAUGGUGAAACAUAUAAGAAGAUAGAAAUCAGAUUCAUUGAUAGUUGCCGAUUUAUGGCAUCAAGCUUGGAAAAAUUAGCUAAUAAUCUCGAUGAUGAACAGUGCAAAAAUCUCUGUUGGUAUUUCAACGAGGAUGACAUCUUUAAACUCAUGCGUAGAAAAGGUGUCUAUCCAUACGAAUACAUGAAUAGCUUGCAACGAUUUAAAGAGACUGAGUUACCUCUGAAAGAGGCUUUCUAUAGCAAGUUGAACAUGAAUGGGAUUAACGAUGAAGAAUACGAACACGCUCAAAAAGCUUGGAAUGCUUUUACUCCGAAGAGCCCAGAGACUACCAUGGGUGACUAUCAUGAUAUAUAUCUCGCCACAGACGUCCUGUUGCUUGCCGAUAUCUUUCAGAAUUUUCGGCAAGUCUGCCAGAAUCAAUACAAACUCGACCCUGCUCACUUUUACAGCGCACCAGGCUUGGCGUGGAAUGCGGCGUUGAAGUACACAGAAAUCAAACUAGAGCUGCUAACAGAUCCUGACAUGCUCCUGAUGUUUGAAAAGGGUAUUCGAGGUGGUAUCACGUAG